CACCGCCCCGAGAUUCUUCCAGAAGUAGCCGGCGAGGUGCACACAGCGUCGGGUUGAAUGAAAUCAUCUUAACUUAAAACAAAAUCUUUCUAGCUGUGUGUUUCUCGGCUCAAAAUGUCCACACUGGGGACUCUCGCCUUCGAUGAAUAUGGAAGGCCUUUUAUCAUCAUCAAGGAUCAGGAUAAGAAAUCGCGUUUGUCGGGCCUUGAUGCUCUUAAGUCACACAUCAUGGCAGCAAAGGCGGUCGCCAACACCCUGAAGACUUCACUGGGCCCGAAUGGACUCGAUAAGAUGAUGGUGGAUAAGGAUGGUGAAGUGACGGUCACCAACGAUGGCGCUACCAUCCUUGGCAUGAUGGAUGUGGAUCACCAGAUCGCCAAGCUCAUGGUCGAGCUCUCCAAGUCUCAGGAUGAUGAAAUUGGAGAUGGCACCACCGGUGUCGUUGUCCUUGCCGGAGCUCUUCUGGAGCAGGCAGAGCAGCUCCUGGACAGGGGGAUCCACCCCAUCCGAAUCGCCGAUGGCUACGACCAGGCGGCCCGCAUCGCCAUCCAGCACCUGGAUAAGAUCGGCGACAGUUUCCCUGUGAACCCCAACAACACCGAGCCCCUGAUCCAGACCGCCAUGACCACGCUCGGCUCCAAAGUCAUCAACCGAUGCCACAGGCAGAUGGCAGAGAUUGCCGUCAACGCCAUCCUCACCGUAGCCGACAUGGAGAGGAAGGACGUGGACUUUGAGCUCAUCAAGAUGGAAGGCAAGGUCGGAGGCAAACUGGAGGACACGCAGCUCAUCAAAGGUGUCAUCGUGGACAAAGAGUUCAGCCAUCCUCAGAUGCCCAAGGUAUUGAAGGACACGAAGAUCGCCAUCCUGACCUGCCCGUUUGAGCCCCCCAAGCCUAAAACCAAGCACAAGCUGGACGUCACCUCGGUGGAGGAUUACAAAGCUCUGCAGAAGUACGAGAAGGAGAAGUUCCAGGAGAUGAUCCAGCAGGUGAAGGAGAACGGUGCCAACCUUGCCAUUUGCCAGUGGGGUUUCGAUGACGAGGCGAAUCACCUGCUGCUGCAGCACGAGCUGCCGGCUGUACGCUGGGUCGGAGGACCCGAGAUCGAGCUUAUCGCCAUCGCCACUGGUGGGCGUAUUGUGCCACGAUUCUGUGAGCUGACCCCGGAGAAACUGGGCAGUGCCGGCCUGGUGAGGGAACUCUGCUUUGGCACCACUAAAGACCACAUGCUGGUCAUCGAGGAGUGCAAGAACUCCAGAGCUGUUACCAUCUUUAUCCGUGGAGGAAACAAAAUGAUUAUUGAGGAGGCGAAGAGGGCGCUGCACGAUGCCCUGUGUGUGAUCCGUAACCUGGUUCGAGAUAACAGGAUUGUUUACGGUGGCGGCGCUUCCGAGAUCUCUUGUGCGCUUGCUGUGAACGCGGCAGCCGAUAAGUGCCCGUCUCUGGAGCAGUAUGCCAUGCGGUCGUUUGCCGAUGCUCUGGAAGUCAUUCCCAUGGCGCUGGCGGAGAACAGCGGAUUAAACCCCAUUCAGACGAUGACUGAGGUCAGAGCUCGACAGGUCAACGAAAACAACUCGGCACUGGGAAUCGACUGCCAGCGCAUGUCCACUAACGACAUGAAGCAGCAGCAUGUGAUCGAGACCCUGAUUGGAAAGAAGCAGCAGAUUUCUCUGGCGACACAAGUGGUGAAGAUGAUCCUGAAAAUCGACGAUAUCAGAAACCCUGGUGAAUCUGAAGACUGAACCAGUUUGCAAGCACUCUGAUCCUAGUGUUAUUUAUCAUUUGAUACUUCGUUCAUUCAAUGUGUAGAGUUGAAAGAACCAUUAAAAUGUUCAACCUGGAA